CCACCAAUCAGAUGAAAAGUGGGCGUGACUUGCGAGCAAAAUUCCCGCGAAAAGAACUUAGCGGAGUUUAACAAAACUAACAAAAUGGACGGCGAGUCAUUCCGGAAACUUGCAUCUAAACUGGGAAUAACGUCUCCUAAAGUGCUGAGCCAGGCAGAGGAGUACAUGAGGCUGUCUCAGGUGAAGUGCACAGGCCUCGGAGGCUCCACAGCAAGCAGCAAGGCUGUAAUAUGCCUGGAGCUGGCAGCUACAGCCAUGAAGUGUCCUAUAGACAAGGAGUACGUCGUCAAGCUGUCGGGAUUGAAUAAGAAAGCGUAUCAGAGCAGUCUGAAGGCCAUGGAGUGUAUGCUGGGUCUGCAGAGCAGUCUGGGGCUCGGGGAUCUGGCUGUGCAGUACGGAUGCAUGGAGGCGGUAAAGGCGGCGUCUCAGAUCCUUCAACGGUACGAGGCCAGUUUACCUGCAGCUCAGCAACAAGACCUCGAUCUUUCCAAACCCCUGUUCACUACGGCGGCUCUGUUCACCGCCUGCAAGUGCAUGAAAAUCAGAGUUGAUAAGAAGCUGGCGUCAUCCUCCGGAACGAAGAAGGCUGUGUUCGACAGGCUGUGCGCUCAGCUUCUGAAGUUCGGCCAAGAGAUUUGCAGUGACGCAUCUUCUGUGAAGCGACAGAUGAAAUCAACACAAAAGAGACCGAAGACUCUGACUGAGACGCUGCAGGAAGCAGAGGAGGACGAUGGCUUGCCAACGUCUCCUAAGCAACAGCGGGAACCGGCACUGAGGGAAGACGAGUGUGAGGAAGAGACGAAACAAAAUUACGAGGAGUGGAAGAGAAAAAUCCUGGAAAACGCUCUCAAAGCCAAAAGCAGCGGAUAGUGCUGGCUGCACCUGUUAGAGUUUUUUAAUGAUUAUUAUUUAUGUCAUGUUUUUAGUUUUUUUUUUUUUUUUUAAAACAUUGCCCUUUUCUUCAAUUUGAAUUUGAUUUCAUUUUCCCACACGUACGUGUGUGUGUGUGUGUGUGUGUGUGUGUGUGUGUGUGUGUGUGUGUGUGUGUGUGUGUGUGUGUGUGUGUGUGUGUCAGUGUCAGCAGGCGAACCUGACCUGUGUGUACAGAUAUUCACUCUGCUGUAUUAUUUCACUUGAUUGCGUUGACGGAGAUGAUUUUUAACGCAUUGUUGGGAGUGAGAAGAGCAGCCGAGCGCUGCUUUAUAUUCAGCCGUGUCUGAGAGGUUUGAUGAUGUUCAUUGUUCAUGUGUAGACUCGGCUGCGUUUUAAUCAACUGCCUCAUUACCUGUGACUCGUUCGCAUCACGUGUCUCGUGUGGCAGUGUGAAGAGGUUCAUGUGAGCGUUUGUGGUCACAGUCACACAGUUGUGUGUGAGUGGGUGAGCGUGCGCUCAUCAUCUCUAAAGGAAAUCCUGCAGCAUGAUUCUGUACCGCUGAUGUUUUAAUAAAACUAAAUGAUCAAAGUGU